AACUACUGCGAGGUACAGCUUUCUGUCGGAAGAUUAAAACCGAUUCACCAUCUGAGCGCCAUUUUGGCUCCAUGUGAGCUGUUCACUUGACAAGUAGGAUGUAAUUUCUGAGCCAAGGUGACCGUAUUAGUGAGUACAAUUUGGUAAAAUGGCUUCGUUACGGGUAGUGAGUAGGAUGUUCUGUGCGGCGGCAGAAACAGCAGCGGCUCCUGCUACAACCAGCAGAUGGGAAAGACUGAAAAACAGUAAAGCGGGUGUGUGGUGUCGCAGCCUGCUCUCUGACUACAAAGAGGCAUGUCGGGAGAUAGUUGUUGGCAGUUGGGAGCGACCAUUCAAAGCCUCUGUAUACAUGACUCUGCUGGGUGGGACCUGGGCUUGUUUCUACACGAAACCUGACCGGUCGUCCUUUGAAGCCGCCCUGCUGGAGCGCUCCAUCCAGCUCGGCCUGCUGUCACCGUGGAUCCGCAAUGCUACCUCAGAUGGCCACGUGCAAAAUCUAGUGAAGCUCCGCAAUCAGGGCCAGCUCAGCCACAUCAGCCUGGGCCUUCUCUCUCUGGUUUACCGAAGGGACUACGACCCAGACGUCACGCUGUACGAAGCCCAGUGUUCCAAUCUGUCAGUGCCCUGGAGGGAGCUCCCUCAAAGGGUGCUAGAUGUAGGCUUUGUUGGCCGCUGGUGGAUCCUGGACUCAAAAAUGAAGGACUAUGAUGUGAACGAGGAAGAGUUCAAGCACCUACCAGCACACAUGCAGGGAACGUCACCACCCAGUGUUCAGGAGGUAGAAAGGAGCGAGAGGUUACAUAAAGAGUCCUGGUUUGCAGUGACCAUGGAGGAUGAGGAAGAAGCAAAUGUAGUGGACAGAAAGCAGGAGAGUGUCAGUGAAGAGAGUACAAUAAAACCAGUGAAUCAGGAACAGACACAAGCCUAAAUGCAGUGUGGAGCAGACAUCUCACCCGGCAGGCACAAACAUGCUGGAUACAAAUUUAUUGUUAUUCACAAUUUUUUUUUAUGCAGUAUUGGUUUCAGCAAACCACUUUUACCUUACACAUGUUUCAGCUAUGAACUGUCCAAACUGUUUACCACCACCACAAACCUUCAAGGAAAGAGUAAAUACUCAGCUUUGUCUCAUCAAAGUAAAAGUAGCCCUUUCAAAUGUAGUUUUGUUUUAAUUUAUUCUUGCUUUUUUUCUAUCACAGAAAGUAUCACAAGUCAUUUAUAAUGCAAACCACAUGUUAAUAAAUCUGUCAACCAUU